GAUGCAGACGAAAAAAAAAAGGAAAAAGAAAAAGAAAACCCUGAGUCAAUCGCCUUCUUUUCUAGUCCACUCUCUUGAAACUGCACAGAAACCACCGUCUCUCUCUCACCACACUGCCUUUUCCAGAGAGAGAGAGAGAGAGAGAGGGAGAGAUCCGUCGGUGUGCCAGCCACUGACACUACAUCGGAUCGUCGCCGGUAAGAUGAUAUGGUUAUCCUCCGAUCAAUUUCUUAGCGAAGGAGCUUCUUUCUACUCCAUAUACAAAGUGCGGAGUUGCUUUCAGCUUGUUUGUUUUGGGCGUUAUGGAUCAGUACGAGAAAGUUGAGAAGAUCGGUGAAGGAACCUACGGUGUGGUUUAUAAGGCUCGAGACAAAGUGACUAAUGAGACUAUUGCUUUGAAGAAGAUCCGGCUCGAGCAGGAGGAUGAAGGUGUACCUAGCACAGCCAUUAGAGAGAUCUCCCUCUUGAAAGAAAUGCAGCACAGCAACAUUGUCAAGUUGCAGGAUGUAGUGCACAGCGAGAAGCGUUUGUAUCUUGUUUUUGAGUAUCUUGACUUGGAUCUCAAGAAGCACAUGGACUCCUCUCCUGAUUUCUCCAAGGAUCUGCAUAUGAUCAAAACGUAUCUUUACCAGAUUCUCCGUGGAAUCGCGUAUUGCCACUCUCACAGGGUUCUCCACCGUGAUCUGAAGCCGCAGAAUUUGUUGAUUGAUCGCGGCACAAAUUCACUAAAGCUUGCAGAUUUUGGACUGGCCAGAGCUUUCGGUAUCCCCGUCAGGACAUUUACUCAUGAGGUGGUUACUCUCUGGUACCGAGCACCUGAGAUACUCCUAGGUUCUCAUCAUUACUCUACACCCGUUGAUAUUUGGUCUGUGGGAUGCAUUUUCGCCGAGAUGAUCACCCAAAAGCCCCUGUUUCCUGGAGACUCCGAGAUUGAUCAACUCUUCAAGAUUUUCAGAAUCAUGGGAACUCCAAACGAAGAUACAUGGCCCGGUGUAACUUCGCUGCCGGAUUACAAAUCUGCUCUGCCUAAAUGGAAACCAACGGACUUAAGAUCUUUUGUCCCGAAUCUGGAUCCCGAGGGAAUAGAUCUCCUAUCUAAAAUGCUGUUAAUGGAUCCCACGAAAAGAAUCAACGCAAGAGCUGCCCUGGAGCAUGAUUACUUCAAGGAUCUUGGCGUCAUGCCUUAGAAAAUGCUUCAGAACAAGGAAUCUCCUUCAUUCACUAUAUAUAUAAAUCUUUCAAUCCUUGCUAAUCCGAAGAAAAUGAAUCAAAAUACAUCAGGUGGCUUUUGUUUUGUGCAAUCAUUUUUUGGGAGUAGUUUUUUCUUCUUCUAAGCGUUUGAGAUCAUUUUUUGUGUUAUCUUUUUUUACCCAAGUUCAGUAUGCCUUAUAUAUGUUUUUAUUUUGUAAAAUCUCAUACUAUCGUAGUGAUUGUCAUCUGAUGAUCAUUAUGUAAUGUAUCUGAUUGUAUGUUUUCAUCAA